AUGUCCAACUACUGGCCGUCAAGCUGGAUCGGCACCGACAUUGACCUCGCAAAGGGCUUCACCGCGGAGCAGGCCGACUGUGUGGAGUUGAAGUAUGCCCAGCUGGCCACAAACGGCAUUAUCGACCAACACAGCGGGUUUCCGAAGCUCGAGGGCCAAGUCAUCGUGCCAGAUGACGACGACCACAUCUGGAGACUCACUGCUGCUGCGGUGAAGCGGUAUCGCUAUGUGGCCGAUGACGAUGGAGACUACUAUGCAGACGACGAUAUCGAUCCGCUCGUCUGGCAGUGCAAAGAACGCAACGGCAAUAUCUCCAGUGUUGAGAUCAAGAGGCUGUCAACGGUUACAGCAGCUCAUCGCGCUGGUCUCACUGACGAGGAGGAACAAAGGAUCGUCUCACGCUCUUACGACAAAAGGAGCACUAUUGUUCUCCCAGGCCUCGGAGAUCAAGGUGGCGUCGGCGGCCAGACCACAAAGAAGCCAAACAAAGAGAUGGAGACGUCGAUAGAAGACGAUGAAGAGCACGCGACGGGACACUCGAGCCGUUCGCCAUCUCGUGGCGGUUCGAAACGCAAGGGCGAAGAAGACAAUCUGCCGCAACCUCCGUCAAGAGCAAAACGCGCCCGUAUCGAUGAGCCAUCCGUUGAGGAUGGAACUGUCAGCGCAGGAACGGAAGAGCGAGACAUUCUUCCACCGAGCCGUUUCUCCACGCGGGGGAAUGGUGUUUCUCGCCAUCUUUCCAUCACCACCGCGAGCCCGGCUGACACCAAUGAAGCCGAAACAGACGGUCGAGAUGAUGGAGACACCAUCGGCGUCAAGCCAGCAGGAAGCGGAUACAGAAGCGCUUUCAAGAUCUCUCCUGCCAUGACGAGUCCACCGCACUUGCAGACAGACGAGGAUGUCAUGGUGGCUAAGGUGAUGGAAGAGAUGCGGGACACAGCUCCUCGCACUUGGCGUGCGAUGAUGGGCAUCGAAGAGACGGAUGUUGACGAUGUGGCGACGCAACCAGACUCGCAUCUCCAAGCCACCUUGGGCAGUGGUAGGCGCGUUGCUACUCGAAAGACCACUCGAAGCGGUUCAGCAAUCUCGAACGCGAAGGCCGCGCUUACAGACAACAUGCCCACGAGAAAGUCCUCUCGCCAUACGUUCCGUCCACAAACGUAUGCGAGGCGUCCUUAA